CAGCUAAGCAAAAGUUUAUUUAAGAAAAAAAGUCCUGAACUAGUUUUGCCCUUUCACAUAUAAAAUUUGAAAGCAGAUCUUUGUCUUCACUGUUCCCACACUCUUUGUCUCAGUUGCAGUUAUACUCUUCCACCGCCUUCAAAAAGAAAGAGAAGCAGGGGAGAUGGGCCCACCAAAUAAGAAUGCCCGUACAAUCUCACAAGAAGCAUUCGAUGAACUUGUAAAAGAAAACAUGGAGGAGUUAGGCAUGGACCCAACAGAAGCACUUGAAGACGCAAUGCAAACCCUUAAUCUCCAAGGCGUAGAUCUUUCGGGUAUUGUAACUUGCGUUCCCGGUGAAAGUAAUGCUAGUGACAACCCAGUUAUGCAGUGUUUGGGCCGAUUAAAAGAAAUCGAUUCCAUAUCAAUAGACCCAAUCAGUAGUUGUGAUUAUAUUAGUGAGAUUGGUGAGUUGUUUGAUAAGUUAAUUGGAUUGUCCACUGAAGCGUCUGCAAAUGUAGCUAUUGGUGUUAAAAAUGGUGGUAUUCAAUUGGUUUGUUCUAUUUGUUCUAAGAUACCAAAUCAAUUCAAGGCUGUUCUUGUUGUGGGUUUGAAGGCUCUCGCUUUAUUUCUUUAUGAUGUCCAAAGUACGGAGACAUUUCGUUCUAGUGGAGGAGCAACGAUUUUGGCUGGUAUCUUAAAGAAUGGAAAUGAAAAUAUAGACAUUUUAGAUAGUGGUUUUAGUGUCGUUGCUGCAGCUGCAACUGGCAAUGAGAUUCUGAAAGAGUCAUUUAUGGAAUUGAAAGUUGAUGAGCUUAUUUUGCAAGCACUAAAUGGACAGCAUAAGGGCAGCAUUCAAAAUUUAUAUGACGCCAUACGUGUUCUAUUAACACCUGAUGAUGAUCGUGUUGUGGCUUCCCAAGUUUAUGGUUAUGCGCGGAGGUUUGCAAAGAUUGGAAUUGCAGGAGCUCUUGUGGAAUCAAUACAUGGAGGGCUUACCUCACCUAGUCUAGUUUCAGCAUGCAUUGCUUUAAAGGCUGUUGCUGUCAAUGAUGAAAUAUGUAAAUCCAUUGCUGAAAGAGGCGGUAUUGAUGCAAUUCUCCAAUGUAUAGAUGACAGUGGGGAACAAGGCAACAAAACAGUAGCAAGAACGUGUUGUUCAUUGUUAUCGAAGUUGGCAGGAAGUGAUUCAAUUAAGAGUGUUAUUGUAGAAAAAGGGGGUAUGGACAGGCUAAUCCGACUUGCAGCCAGAUUUUCGGAUGACCCUUCUGUCCUGCAAGAGGUUAUGGCAGUCAUUACAGUACUCUGCUUAAGAUCCCCAGAUAAUGCAUCAUGUGCCAUUGAAGCUGGAGCUGGAGACCUUGCUGUCCAAGCCAUGCAGAAGUUUCCUUCUGCACCACAAUUGCAACGGAACUCCUGCUUCAUGAUACGAAAUCUUGUAGUCAGGAACCCUGAGAAUAGAACGCUCUUGCUCAGCCAUGGCAUUGAGAAUAUUAUAAGGAAAGCAAAAGCAAGUCAUGAAACCUGCAAGGAUGCUGCUACUGAUGCUCUGAGGGAUCUGGGCCUGGAUAACUACAACUUAUAAGCUAGUACCCGAAGAUUGAUUGCCUGUGUCUUUUUUAUCAAACCUAUUCCACUCCUUUUUGAUCUCUUGAAGAUUAGCCAUUGCUUGCCCUCAUAUAUGAACAGUUAGUAAUAGAGAAGUCACCGUUGAAAAUAUGCAUAGCUCCACAGUUUCGUCUCCCUGAUAAUGGGGGUAACCAUUCCUCAGGUUGGAGGUGAAAGCAGUAUGAAACAAGUUGUAGAGCGCCUUCUUGUUGAUUGUGGCUAAAAUUCGUAAUGCGAAAAAUGAUUUACUUUGA